AUGGCACUUGACCAAAUGGGAGUAGCCAAUGUACCCCAACGUUAUGUUCUUCCUCCAACGCAGCGCCCAAACCCUAGUCUUAUCUUUCAACCCUCCACUGGUCUACCGGUAAUUAACCACGGAGUUCCUCUCCCAGUCAUAAAUGAUGCCCUAAACUCUGCAAUGUUGUUUUUCAACUGGUCUAACAAGGAGAAGAUAUUUCUUGCGUCAGAUAAUGUACAUGAACCUGUUAGGUAUGGCACGAGUUUGAACCAUGUGAAGGAUAAAGUUCAUUUUUGGAGGGAUUUCAUCAAGCAUUACUCUCAUCCAAUCCCAACAUGGAUUGACCUAUGGCCUUCGAAUCCCCCAAGCUACAAGGAAAAUAUGGGAAAUUAUGUGCAAGUUUUACACAAGCAACUAAUGGAAGUAGUUUUUGAAAGCUUGGGACUAAACCCUAAUUACUUACACAAAGACAUCAAACAGGGCUCACAAGUCAUGGCUAUAAAUUGCUACCCAGCCUGCCCCGAACCGGAUCUUACACUAGGCAUGCCACCCCACUCGGACUACGGAUACCUAACCAUCCUGCAUCAAUCCCUACUAGGGCUACAAAUUAUGGAUCACGAUAAGAAUUGGCAUUCGGUUCCAGUCAUCGAAGGAGCCCUAAUAAUUCAGUUGGGAGACCAAAUGGAAGUUAUGAGCAAUGGUCGAUAUAAAAGCGUGGUGCAUCGAGUUACAGUUAACUCAGAGAAAAGGAGACUGUCUAUGACUAGUCUUCACAGUCUUGCUUUGGAGAAGAAGGUAGAACCUGCACCGGAGCUCGUGGAUGAGAAACAACCUCUAUUCUACAACGUUUGUAGCUUCAAAGAUUUUCUUGACUUCAUUUCUGGUAAUGAUAUCAUGGAUGGACGGUUCAUAGACACAUUGAAGAAGAAUCCAUGAAGAUGGUCCAUCUAGUAGGGUAUAAACCCAUAUUUAGUAUCCUUUUUGUUGCAGUGUGUUGUUCUAGUCUUUGUGUGCACUCAAACUCUCUAUCCAAGGCCUCUUAGCUCACUACACCAGUCUCCCAUCACCACGGGAUUAGAAAGGGUCACAGGUUCACAAUCUUACCCUACAUGUGGAUUGUGGCAUGAAUGCUAUUUUCAAAUAUAGUACAAGUCAUGUUCCUUGUAUUUGUGUUUUCUCUAGAUAAACCAUGCAAAAUAGAAAAGAGCCAAAUUUUCCAAGUGUUUAAAUUUCUCAGAAUGCAAUGGAAGGCAACUAUCAAAAAGUUGGAAGUGAAUUAUGGGUUUUACUGGUUUCAACUAGUUUGCCGUGAAUAUUGAUUAUAAUUGUUUUUCCUGCAAGCUAGUAUUUUCACCCAAGGACAGAUUAAUUAAUGUCAAAGCAUUGGAGUUAUUAGGCAAUUUUUUUUAGUUAAUUAAAGCACAAAACAGAGAAAUAUUUAGGCAGAAACAUUGGAUUUGAUAACUAGCAUUUCCCUUUGAAUACAAAGCAUUGGAUUUUCUGUCAAUAUUGAUUAAUGGAAAUGCAUGAUAUGCACUAUGUAUUACAUGGCUAUGACUGCAUAUUUUUGUUGAAUUUCAAC